GGUGAAGCGGAGAGCAGAGCGAGAGAGCGAGAGGGAGAGAGAGAGCCCGGGAGCAACAGCAGCAGCAGCAGCAAGAAAAGAAGAAGAGGAGAGCGGACAAGCAGCAGCAAGAAGCCAGCCAGGGAGACCCGGCAGCCCGGGGAGUUCCGCCGGCUUCCCCGCUCCCUGGAUGCCGCCGGCCCCUCGGACUCCCAUCCACUUCCCCGCUUUGGACGGUCCGUGAGAGGGCGGCGAGAGACCCCCGGGCGCUUGGGGGCGUCGCGGGAGGGGAAGGAGGGACUCGGCUGGCAGCCGCUCGCACGGCUUUGGAUUAAAUCGGCCUCCCGGGAGACGAGCGGCAGCAGCGGGGGAAAGAGGAGCAGAGGUGGCCGUGGCGGCAGCAGCAAGAGGAAGGAAGGCGAAAGGAGAGGAAGGGAGCCCUGCCAAGAAGCAGCGCCCGGCAAGGAGGGCUUGGCUGGCGGCGGGGGCAGCGGCGGCGCUGCUGCUGCUGCGAGGGGAGCCGACGGGGAGCCAGCAUGACCAGGCUUUGAAAAUUCUUCAUCUGGAAUUUCAGAUUGGAGAGACUCGCAGUGGCUUCUAAGCCAGUGAUCGAAGCCGCCAAAGCAUGCUGGUGCCAAGCUGUCGGAGGAUGCAUGUAGCCAGGCCAGCAGUACUGCUCCUCUGCUUCCUGCUCUGUGCUGAUGCUGAAACACCACCAAAGUUUACAAGAACACCCGUUGACCAGAUAGGAGUCUCUGGGGGAGUUGCAUCAUUCAUCUGCCAAGCUACAGGAGACCCGAGACCUAAGAUUGUCUGGAACAAAAAGGGCAAGAAAGUCAGCAAUCAGAGAUUUGAGGUAAUAGAGUUUGAUGAUGGAUCCGGAUCCGUUCUCAGAAUACAACCGCUACGGACUCCACGAGAUGAAGCUAUUUAUGAAUGUGUUGCUUCCAACAGUGUUGGAGAAAUAAGUGUGUCCACAAGACUCACUGUGUUACGUGAGGAUCAAAUUCCUCGUGGUUUCCCCACCAUUGAUAUGGGCCCACAACUAAAGGUGGUUGAACGCACUAGAACGGCCACCAUGUUAUGUGCAGCCAGUGGCAAUCCUGAUCCUGAAAUAACUUGGUUCAAAGAUUUUUUACCCGUGGACACUAGCAACAACAAUGGGCGUAUCAAACAAUUACGAUCAGGUGCCCUCCAAAUCGAACUGAGCGAAGAAUCUGACCAAGGCAAAUAUGAGUGUGUUGCAACCAACAGUGCGGGGACACGGUAUUCUGCCCCUGCUAAUCUAUAUGUCAGAGUUCGCCGGGUCCCACCGAGGUUCUCGAUCCCACCCACCAACCAUGAAAUUAUGCCCGGAGGGAGUGUUAACAUCACCUGUGUUGCUGUGGGGUCUCCAAUGCCAUAUGUGAAAUGGAUGCUGGGAGCAGAAGAUCUUACCCCGGAAGAUGACAUGCCAAUAGGAAGGAAUGUCCUGGAGCUUAAUGACAUCAGACAAUCUGCAAAUUACACUUGUGUUGCCAUGUCUACUCUUGGUGUUAUAGAAGCAAUAGCACAGAUAACUGUCAAAGCCUUACCUAAACCUCCAGGAACUCCUGUUGUAACAGAAAGCACAGCAACAAGCAUUACUUUGACUUGGGAUUCUGGAAACCCCGAGCCAGUGUCUUACUACAUAAUUCAGCAUAAACCUAAAAACUCUGAGGAGCUCUAUAAGGAAAUUGAUGGAGUCGCCACAACUCGAUACAGUGUCGCUGGUUUAAGUCCUUAUUCCGAGUAUGAGUUCAGAGUUGUUGCUGUCAACAACAUUGGGCGGGGGCCACCCAGUGAACCGGUAUCAACGCGGACCUCGGAGCAAGCACCAUCUAGCGCACCACGCAAUGUACAAGCCCGCAUGUUGAGCUCAACCACAAUACUGGUGCAGUGGGAAGAACCCGAGGAACCCAACGGACAAAUACAAGGCUACAGAGUUUAUUACACCAUGGACCCCUCCCAACAUGUCAACAGCUGGUUGAAACACAAUGUGGCCGACAGCCAUAUAACCACCAUUGGGAAUCUAAUACCGCAGAAAACUUACUCUGUGAAAGUUCUGGCUUUUACCUCAGUUGGCGAUGGGCCUCUUUCUAGUGACAUUCAAGUCAUCACUCAGACAGGAGUCCCAGGGCAGCCAUUGAACUUCAAAGCUGAACCUGAAUCCGAAACAAGCAUACUCCUUUCUUGGACCCCUCCACGGUCUGACACAAUCUCCAACUAUGAUCUUGUUUACAAAGACGGAGAGCAUGGAGAAGAGCAGCGGAUUUCCAUUGAUCCAGCUACAACAUACCACUUGCAAGGCCUAAAACCAAAUAGUUUGUAUUACUUCCGCCUGUCUGCUCGCUCUCCACAAGGCCUCGGUGCUUCAACGGCAGAAAUAUCAGCUAGAACAAUGCAGUCAAAGCCAUCAGCUCCUCCUCAAGACAUUAGUUGCAACAGCCCCAGCUCCACUAGUAUUUUGGUAAGUUGGCAGCCUCCGCCAGUGGAAAAACAGAAUGGAAUUAUCACUUUCUACUCCAUCAAGUACACUGGAAUUGAUGGAGAAGAUGACAAGCCCCACGAAAUUUUGGGAAUUGCUCCGGACACAUCACAGUACCUUUUGGAACAGUUGGAAAAAUGGACUGAAUAUCGGAUUUCUGUGACAGCCCACACUGAUGUUGGACCUGGCCCAGAGAGUGAAUCUGUGUUGAUCCGAACAGAUGAAGAUGUUCCUAGUGGUCCUCCUCGCAAAGUCGAGGUAGAGGCUGUCAACUCUACAGCUGUUAAAGUGUUGUGGCGUUCACCAGUGCCCAAUAAGCAGCAUGGUCAAAUCCGAGGGUACCAGGUGCAUUAUGUGAAAAUGGAAAACGGAGAGCCCAGGGGGCAACCCAUGCUGAAGGAUAUCAUGUUGGCUGAUGCACAGUGGGAAUAUGAUGAUACUACUGAACAUGAAAUGAUAAUAGCAGGUUUGCAGCCCGAGACAACCUAUUCUCUCACUGUGACGGCCUAUACGACCAAAGGAGAUGGAGCACGAAGCAAACCCAGACUGGUGUCCACUACUGGUGCAGUUCCAGGAAAACCUCGGCUUGUAAUUAGCCACACCCAAAUGAGUACAGCUCUAAUUCAGUGGCACCCGCCUGUUGACACAUACGGUCCUCUGCAGGGCUACCGCCUGAGGUUUGGCCGCAAAGACAUAGAUGCCUUUACGACGCGGGAUUUCACAGACAAGGACGACCACUACACCGCUACAGAUAUUCACAAGGGGACUUCGUAUGUCUUCAGGCUUUCAGCUAGAAAUAAAGUGGGCUUUGGGGAGGAGAUGGUAAAGGAAAUUUCCAUUCCAGAAGAUCUGCCAAGCGGAUUCCCUCAAAACCUUCGCUCGGAAAGUGCCACUUCAACUUCAGUCCAGCUAUCUUGGCAACCGCCCGUCCUAUCGGAAAGAAAUGGUAUUAUCACCAAAUACACUCUGCAGUACAGGGAUAUCAAUGUGGCACAUCACCAAACGGAGAUGUCUGUUGUUCCUGCCGAUAUUCCUAUGACGCUUUCAGGCUUAAAACCAGAUACCACAUAUGAUGUAAAAAUACGUGCACACACAAGCAAAGGGCCUGGUCCAUAUAGUCCCAGUGUCCAGUUCAGGACACUACCUGUGGAUCAAGCAGUGUUUGCAAAAAAUUUUCAUGUCAAAGCAGUGAUGAAGACAUCGGUAUUGCUCUCUUGGGAGAUACCAGAGAAUUACAACUCUGCUCUGCCUUUCAAAAUCCUGUACGAUGAUGGGAAAAUGGCAGUUGAGGUAGAUGGCCGAGCCACUCAGAAACUUAUCACCAACCUGAAGCCUGAGACAUCAUAUUCAUUUGUCCUGACCAAUAGAGGCAAUAGCGCUGGAGGUCUUCAGCACAGGGUAACAGCAAAAACAGCGCCAGAUGUACUGCGAACCCAACCACUCUUCAUUGAUAAGACCAAUGUCGACGGAAUGGUAACAGUGAAGCUACCAGAUGUUCCUGCAAACAAAACUAUAAAAGGUUACUAUAUUGUCAUUGUGCCUUUGAUAAAGAAGUCUGAUGGAAAAUUCAUGAAACCACGAGAGAGCCCAGACGAAAUGGAAUUAGACGAGCUACUUAAAGAGAUAGCACGGAAACGCCGAAGUGUUCGUUUGGGGAGAGAAGCAGAUUUAAAGCCAUAUAUUGCAGCACACUUUGAAGUUCUUCCUACUGAGUUCACCCUGGGGGAUAAGAAACAGUAUGGUGGUUUUGAAAACAAGCAGCUCCAAAACGGCCAAGAAUAUGUUGUCUUUAUUUUAGCUGUUAUGGAACACUCGGAAUCUACCAUGUAUGCAACCAGCCCAUAUUCUGAAACGGUUGUAUCAGUGGAUCUUAACCCCCAGCCAAUUACAGAUGAAGAAGAAGGCUUGAUUUGGGUUGUAGGACCAGUUCUUGCAGUUGUGUUUAUCAUCUGUAUUGUUAUAGCUAUACUCCUUUACAAAAGGAAAAGGGCAGAGACGGACUCGAGAAAGAGCAGCAUACCCAACAACAAGGAGAUUCCUUCCCACCACCCCACAGAUCCAGUAGAGCUACGGCGCCUUAAUUUUCAGACCCCAGGUAUGGCUAGCCACCCACCAAUACCUAUUUCGGAACUUGCGGAUCACAUCGAAAGGCUGAAGGCUAAUGACAACCUGAAGUUUUCCCAAGAAUAUGAGUCAAUUGACCCAGGGCAGCAAUUCACAUGGGAACACUCUAACCUGGAAGUAAAUAAACCAAAGAAUAGAUACGCAAAUGUCAUCGCUUAUGACCAUUCUCGAGUUCUCCAAUCAGCAAUAGAAGGCAUACCAGGGAGCGAUUAUAUAAAUGCUAACUACAUAGACGGCUACAGAAAACAGAAUGCCUACAUAGCAACACAAGGAGCCCUUCCUGAAACUUUUGGAGAUUUCUGGAGAAUGAUCUGGGAACAAAGAGGAGCAACAGUUGUCAUGAUGACCAAACUGGAAGAGAGGUCCAGGGUGAAAUGUGAUCAGUAUUGGCCGAGCAGAGGAACCGAAACAUAUGGACUGAUCCAGGUGACCUUGUUGGACACUGUAGAAUUGGCAACAUACUGUGUUAGAACAUUUGCACUUUACAAGAACGGAUCAAGUGAGAAGAGAGAAGUGAGGCAGUUUCAGUUCACUGCCUGGCCUGACCAUGGAGUUCCAGAACACCCAACACCAUUCCUAGCUUUCUUACGACGAGUGAAAACCUGUAAUCCUCCGGAUGCUGGGCCAAUGCUUGUUCACUGCAGUGCUGGAGUUGGCAGGACCGGCUGUUUCAUUGUAAUAGAUGCCAUGCUAGAGAGAAUAAAGCAUGAAAAGACUGUAGAUAUUUAUGGCCACGUAACACUAAUGAGAGCCCAGAGGAAUUAUAUGGUUCAGACGGAGGACCAAUACAUCUUUAUCCACGAUGCACUGCUUGAAGCAGUGACGUGUGGAAAUACCGAAGUGCCGGCCAGGAACCUGUAUGCAUAUAUUCAGAAGCUGACACAGAUAGAAGCAGGAGAGAAUGUCACAGGGAUGGAACUGGAAUUUAAGCGGCUAGCCAGCUCUAAAGCUCACACUUCAAGAUUCAUCAGUGCCAAUCUUCCAUGUAAUAAAUUUAAAAAUCGCCUUGUUAAUAUUAUGCCAUAUGAAUCCACAAGGAUAUGUUUGCAGCCUAUUCGAGGGGUAGAAGGGUCUGAUUAUAUCAAUGCCAGCUUUAUCGAUGGAUACAGGCAACAAAAAGCCUAUAUCGCUACACAGGGACCUUUGGCAGAAACAACAGAAGAUUUCUGGAGAAUGCUUUGGGAGCACAAUUCAACCAUCGUAGUCAUGCUUACUAAACUACGAGAAAUGGGCAGAGAAAAAUGCCACCAGUAUUGGCCAGCAGAGCGCUCAGCCAGGUAUCAGUACUUUGUGGUGGAUCCCAUGGCAGAAUACAACAUGCCGCAGUAUAUCCUAAGGGAGUUCAAGGUCACAGAUGCCAGGGACGGCCAGUCUCGGACGGUGAGGCAGUUCCAGUUCACUGAUUGGCCUGAACAAGGAGUGCCAAAGUCAGGAGAAGGGUUUAUUGAUUUCAUAGGCCAAGUUCAUAAAACAAAAGAGCAGUUUGGGCAAGAUGGGCCAAUCUCGGUUCACUGUAGUGCUGGUGUUGGAAGGACCGGAGUGUUCAUAACCCUGAGCAUUGUGUUGGAAAGAAUGAGAUACGAAGGUGUUGUAGAUAUCUUCCAGACUGUCAAAAUGUUAAGGACGCAACGGCCAGCCAUGGUACAGACAGAGGAUCAAUAUCAGUUCUGCUAUCGAGCCGCACUAGAAUACCUGGGCAGCUUUGAUCACUAUGCAACGUAAAACAAAAUCCCCGACCAUCCUGGAUUUUUAACUGCAGGCCCUUUAAGAUCCAGAGAGCCUCUUCUGAGCCAUACCGUGUGCUUGAGAAGUACUUCUUAACUCCUAACUAAAGACCAAUUAGUGGGGAAAUAUUAAAAGGAAAACAAACAAACAAACAGGAAACUGUUCCAGGUGGACCAACAAAUUCACAGUUCAAUAAACCUUAUCCAGAAACAUAAUAAAAAGAAUCCAGACUGAUUGAGGCAUCUGAAGGAUUUCAUUUUACAGAGACCUCAAGGAUUCGGCUUUGGUUGAAGUUAAAGGGAAGAGCAAAUUCUGCAAAGAACCAUCAUCUUGUUCAGGAUUGCAUGAUAGUUAACAACGUGGAACUUGGGAGUCCUGCAAUUCAGUGCGAGAUGUUUGUCAAAGGGCCAGUACCUGGCUGCUCUGAAAAAAGACAAACUCUUUUGCUUCAACAUCUCCCCUUCCUACCAUAUUGCUCAUGAAUAACACU